AUGCGCCUCGAUCCCCUUCACAUUGGUGAGGCACGUGUCAAGGUUGAAGUUCAACUCGGUGCGUCCUUGAUUCUGCCCUCUAUUGUGAAAGUUGAAGAUGAUGCUGGUGACAUCAUUGAGAUUGAGGUUAGCUAUGCCUGGUUACCCCCACGAUGCCUGACGUGUUUGGAGUUCGGACACAAUCAACACCAUUGCCCUAUCAAACCCCUUGCUCAGUCGAAGAACCCAGACAACCCCUCGCAGGAUACUGCCCCUGCACCUCAGAAGGUUUCUUCCACACCUCGAGCGAGAUCAUCAGUUUUCCUUGGGUAUCCAACAGGUUAUAAAGGAUACAAAUUGCUGGAUAUAGAGACUAACAAGAUUUCAGAUAUUUCUCCCAGAAAUUCUGAAACUGAAAUUGUUCAUACAGAACCACCACUAAAUACAGUUUCUGAAAUACCACAUACUACUGGAGAUACAGCUUCUCAAAGACCCAAAAGGAGUACUCAUCCACCUUCAUAUUUGUAG